GACCUUUGACCUCUCGAAACGGACACACGACUCCGGUGUUGGGUGAGUAUGAAGCGUUCUCGGAGCGACUUGAGAGCGAAACUCGAAUACUAUGACCGUCUUUUAUCGAAGACCAUUCUCAAGUACCAGAACCCUGUGACUGGGCUCCUGCCUGCCUUCCUGUUCGAAGACGGGACAGCCGGUUGGGCGGAGAACCACGCCUGGGUAAGGGACAACGUGUACUCGGUGCUGGCAGUGUGGGGACUGGCCACAGUGUAUCGGAGGGGAGCAGAGGGCGAGGAGAACAGGGAGAAGGCGUAUAAUCUUGAGCAGACGGUGGUGAAACUGAUGAGGAGUCUGCUGAUGGCGAUGAUGAGACAGGCAGGCAAAGUGGAACUGUUCAAAAAGAGUCGCAGUCGAACCGAUGCACUUCACGCCAAGUACAGCAUCAGUACCUGUGCAACCGUUGUUGGUGACUAUAACUGGGGUCAUUUACAAGUGGACGCUACAUCUCUCUACCUGCUGACAUUGGCUCAGAUGAUAGCAGGAGGUCUGCAGAUUAUCUUCACCCUGGACGAGGUGGCUUUCGUUCAGAAUCUUGUGUUCUACGUGGAGCGAGCCUAUCACAUCUCGGACUAUGGAAUAUGGGAGAGAGGCGACAAGACAAACCACGGAGAAACAGAGCUGAAUGCUACCUCCAUUGGGAUGGCAAAGGCGGCUCUGGAAGCCAUCAAUGAACUGGACCUGUUUGGGUCACGUGGAGGACCGUCUUCCAUCAUCCAUGUCAUGGGAGACGAGAUUGCACAGUGCAACACGAAGCUGGUUUCCCUACUGCCUCGAGAGUCUAGUUCCAAGGAGGUGGACGCAGGUCUCCUCACCAUAAUCAGCUACCCUGCCUUUGCAGCCAGCACCACUGAGCUGUGUGAUGCCACACGCACCGAGGUCAUCUCUAAACUAGAGGGGAGGUAUGGCUGCAAGAGAUUCCUGAGGGACGGAUACCAAACUGUAAAAGAGGACCCUCAUAGACUACAUUAUGAACCCUCAGAGCUGAAGGUCUUCGAGAACAUAGAGUGCGAGUGGCCUCUGUUCUUUGAACUGCUGCUGCUCGACGCUCUAAUCCGCGGGGACGCCCCUGCAAUCAAGAGCUAUCGGGAGAAACUGGAGUCAGUUGUAAUCAGAGAUGGGAGUGAGGGUCUGGUGACUGUCCCUGAGCUCUACCAGGUCCCUGAAGACAAGGUGUCGUGGGAGUACCAGAAGCCACACAGUCAGGACAGAGUCCCUGGACACAAGAAGCAGCACAUGUGGUCUCAGAGUCUCUACAUUCUCUGUGGUCUGCUGGAGGAGGGGCUGCUCAAUAUUGGAGAGAUCGACCCUCUCAAUCGCAGACUUUCCAUGGCUGCCCAGCCAGACCCUCUCGUCCAGAUCGUGCUGCUAUCGGAGGACAGGAAGAUGAGUGUGGCUCUAAAGAAGAGAGGGAUUACUGCAGAGACGGUGCACAGGGCUGAACAGGAUCCCACCUUCCCAAUCAAGAUUCUCCCAGCCCACUACCUGCCCAGACUCUACCAGCAACUGGGUAUUAGCAGUAAGAUGGGUCUCAGUGGGCGCCCCAUGCAAUCAGUCGGAGUGAUUGGAACCAGUCAGCUGUACCACAUCCAUGAGGCAGUGGUGGCCUUCACUCCUCAGUUCCUGGACCACGAGGCCUUCUACAUCUGUCUGGAUAACAGACUGCUGGUGGAUCUCAUUCGCACCGACCUCGCAUACCUCAAGGCCAACUGGAAACUGAUGGGAAGACCUACCAUGGUUCUUCCUCUUACUCGGACAAUGAUGGGGGAGGAGGGUACGUGGGACAAGUCUCCAGUGUUCCGUCUGACGCAGGCACUGGUUGCAGGGUACAUCGCUGGAGUGAGGGUGCAGGUUGGAGUGAUGGCUGACUAUCUGGACACUGCUUCAGUCAAGCAACUUCACUUCAUCGACCCUGUCAAGGCUGCUAGUCUGCUGGAUAUUCCGCAGAUCGAUACAAAGAUCACUCGCUCCAGCAUGUUGGGUCGUGUUGGACGCCGCAGCUUUGUCAAGGUGGACCGCAACUCUGAAGCAAUUAUGGACACCAUUAAGAAGUCCAGAAUGACUCCGCCCACCAAACACAAGUUGUUUCUGCCGCAGCUAUCAGUCACGCCCUCUCCCCUCCCACUCCGUGUUUCCUCCUCCACCUCCCUCAGUCCCCUCACACCCCAGCCUCUGGAGGAACUCCUCGCCUCCGCAUACACUGCCAAGAGACGCUCGUUCCAGAGCGAUCGCCUGCUGGUGGGGCAGGUACCAUCCUUUGUGCCGGGGACCCCGCGACAUGCCAGUCUUGAUGUUGGGAAUAUCGAAGACCUCAUCCAGAGACUGCAGCAGGAAGAGAACAUAUACGUCCAGGCAGACAUUCUCAAUCACCUUCACAACACCUGGUGGGCAAUGUUUUUAGCUGUGUGAAAGACAUUGCCAUGAACACUGCUUGUUUUAGUCUCUCCCAAAAUUUUUCCUCUUUAAAACAACCCUUGCUGUUUCAAAAACAUAUGCUCUAAAGUGUUCUUAGCGAGCAACAACGCAAGUGGAAAGAAACACAACUCUCCUCUCUCCCUGUCUUCCAGUGGGCGGAGUUUCCAGCUGGAGGUGCGAGGACAGACGUGUACACUCUCCAGUCUCCUUGAGGAGCUCUACCAGAAAUCUGGGACCCUCCAUCUCUGGUCUCUAGUGAGACACAUUGCCGGCAUCCUGGAGAAGACAGUGGAGGACCUGGGAACAGCUGCGACUGAUCUUCUAGUACGGCAGAAAAACUUUUCCGUCGGUCUGCCAAACAACGAGAUUGACAUCACACAACCCCUCCCAUCGUCGGAGCUGGUGGCUAAGAUCAGGAGUGUGUGUGGUGGGGAUCACAGUGCAGCUGCUUUCACCCAGGAGACCAUCAUAUACCUUGCCAUGUUUAUCAGGGCAGAACCAGAGCUCUUCAAGGAGAUGCUGCGUCUGAGGGUGGGACUCAUUCAGAACGUGAUGGUGCUGGAGCUUAGUAGAGCCAUGAACUGCACACUGGAGCAGGGACUGGAGCAGUUGUUGGACCUCAACCCGUACGAUGUGAAGCGACUGCUGCACCUCAUCUUCUCCCGCAAGGAGUUUGCCAUCUCUGAGAUGGAGAGAGACACAAUGUUUGUCGAUGGACAGAUCCUCACGAUGCCUGACAAGCAGAUCUCCAUCAAACUCCCAGACAAGAAGCAGGUGAGGGGGAAGCUCAGGAACGACGUCGAGGUGUUGGGGAAGGCCAGCGAGGAGCUGCGGAGUGAGGAGCUGCGGAGUGAGGGAGACGAGAAGGCCGGCCACUGGAUCAGGAGACGCAGGCUGGACGGGGCUCUAAAUAGAGUUCCUCCCGACUUCUACCCUAAAGUGUGGCAUAUCCUGGAGAGAUGCACUGGUAUCUCAAUUGGUAUGAAGAGUCUUCCUCAGAACCCUACCAUCCACGAGAUGACACCCGGGGAACUAAAGUUUGCCCUCCUAUUGGAGAGCCAUCUCAACAGUCUGCCUGCCCCAGAGUACCGCCAGCUGGUCGUCGAGUGUCUCAUGGUUGUUUCCUUGGUAACGACCUCUUCCACCCAGCCGGCAUUCGGGGGGACUCUGGUCGUUGAGCACAUUAUUCACCACGCCCACCACCUUUUCCUCCAGGAUCAGCGGGGCCACACGGGGCCUGCAAUGGACUGCUGUUGUGGUCACGUCGGCAGCUGUGGAGGUGCGACUGGCAUCUGUGUACAUUUCUACGACAGUGCCCCCAGUGGUCGCUAUGGCACCAUGAGCUACAUGGCCCUGGCAGUGGCAGACCGGCUCCGAGAGGUUCACAGACCUGAUGACCAGUGCAAGAUGAACUGACAACCACUCUUCCUCUCACUUCCUGUUUCUACUAUUAUCUGCUCAGCUUCUUUUUUGUCGUUUUUAGAUGCAAAUUAAAGAUUGGAAGAUUAAUCCUGUUACGUCAUAAAUACACCACAUACAAAACGUACAUUACACAAUAUGCUCACUGCAUAAAUAAAACCUAAACUACUUUUAAAAUCUCUAUUGUUUUUUGAGGUGUGAGAAAGAGGUCAGAGUUUGCUGAAGUGCCUCCCUCAUGGUGACGGGUGGGGAAUACCCUAAUUCUCUCUGAGCUCUCUUGCAGCUGUAGUAAUGGUGUGUCCCAGCGAGUGCCACCCUCAUGGGGGUGAAGGUGGGCUUCAGAGUGAGGAGUGGGGAGAGGAGGAGGGCGAGGAGCUGGAGUACCCAGGCCACGCAGUAGAGGAGCCAGAAGGGGAGGUGGGUGGAUGGUGCGGGGUACCCCAACCCUGUCAGAAUCUGAGAGAGGAACUCCC